AUGCUUCAGCGUCUUCUGUUUGCCGCGGCAUUCGCUGCCCUCGGGCAAUGCGGAUCUAACGUCCUGGAGUCUCUCCCCGCGAAACCCCGAGGAUGGACUCGCCUGAGCGACGCCUCGCCAGAGCAGAACCUCAAGCUGCGCAUCGCCCUGCACCAGCCUAACGAGGCUUUGUUUGAGCGCACGCUGUACGAGAUUUCGGACCCGGCGCAUCCCAAAUAUGGCCGGCACCUCUCGCGGGACGACCUCUCGUCUCUGAUGGCGCCUCGCGCAGAGUCAACCUCAGCCGUGCUUUCCUGGUUGCGCGACGCCGGCAUCCCCAGCUCAAAGGUCCACGAGGACGGCGAGUGGAUCAACUUCAACGUUACGGUCCGCGAGGCUUCGGCCCUGCUGGACGCUGACUUCGGUGUUUGGGGCCACGACGGGACCAACAUCAAGAGGGUGCGCGCCUUGCAGUACUCGGUCCCCGACGAGGUCCGUCAGCACAUCAAGAUGGUCGCCCCCGUCGUCCGAUUCGGACAGGUCCAACCUCAGAAAAGCCAGAUCUUCGAAGUGGCUGAUGCCAAGUUGCCCGAAGUCAAGGCUGCCGCCGCCAUCCCGCCGCAGGAGCUGGAUGCCGCCGCAUGCAAUGCCAGUAUCACGCCCGAGUGUCUCAGGGCCCUGUACAAUGUCGGCUCGUACCAGGCGGACCCCAGCAAGAAGAGCCUUUUCGGCCUGGACUUAUUCGUCGACCAGUACGCUCCGUAUGCCGCUGACGCCAACUUCACCGCUGUAGGCGUGAACGGCGGGGUCAACAACCAGGGUCCGUCCGAGAACGACGAUGUCGAGGCCAACCUGGAUAUCCAAUACGCAGUCACCAUGAGUUACAAGACGCCGAUCACCUACUACAGCACUGCCGGCCGAGGACAGCUUGUGCCUGAUCUUGAUCAACCGGAUCCGAAUGACGGUUCCAACGAGCCAUACCUCGAUUUCUUCUCGUAUAUGCUCAAGCUUCCCGACUCCCAGCUGCCGCAGACCCUGACUACAUCAUACGGUGAGGAUGAGCAGUCGGCACCACGGGCCUUUGCCGAGAAGGUCUGCCAGAUGAUUGGCCAACUCGGAGCCCGUGGCGUGUCUGUUCUGUUUUCAUCCGGAGACACUGGCGUUGGUUCCGCGUGCCAGACCAACAACGGCAAGAACGCAACCCGUUUCCUGCCCAUCUUUCCCGCCGCCUGCCCCUAUGUAACCUCGGUCGGCGCCACGCGCUACGUCAACCCCGAGCAGGCUGUCAGCUUCUCCUCGGGCGGCUUCUCCGACAUCUUUCCGCGCCCAGCUUACCAAGACGCCGCCGUAUCCUACUACCUCAAGACGCAGCUCAAGGACCACUGGCAGGGGUUCUAUAAUCCGCACGGCCGCGGCUUCCCGGAUGUGGCGGCGCAGGGUGUUAAAUACCACGUGUUCUCCGGGGACAAGGACAUCCUAGUGUCAGGGACAAGCGCGUCGGCGCCCAUGUUUGCCGCGCUCGUUAGCCUGCUGAACAACGCCCGCCUGGCCCAGGGGCGGCGGCCGCUCGGGUUCUUGAACCCCUGGCUCUACUCAGUCGGAAAGCAGGGGCUGACGGAUAUCGUGCACGGCGGAUCAACCGGGUGCACCGGGAAGGAUGCCUACUCGGGCUUGCCGACGCCGUUUGUGCCGUACGCCAGCUGGAAUGCGACGCCCGGGUGGGAUCCCGUCACGGGGCUCGGCACGCCGCUGUUUGAUAAGCUGCUGCAUCUGAGCACCCCGGGCGGGAAGUUGCCCCAUAUCGGCCACGGUCACUAA